ACGUGUGCUACUUUUGACCAGGAAAGGAAUACCGGCCAGCGUAGUUUUCUGGUAGUGGGAGCACCACCUCCGCACAGGCACCUCGCACCAGUGGAGACUGGUCUCAGCAGCACCUCACUCUCUCGCUCUCUCUCUCUCUCACUUGUAGUGUAGCGAGACCUCUCGUCCCAAGGAGGUAGUAACGGCCCACAGACAACCGCGCCGUUGUUUGUAUUUGAAGACUUGUUUCACUAUAAGCUAAGGGGGACGAACAAGUCCUAACAGAGGCGGCAAGAUGACGGCUGUCGAAACCACAAUGACUUACAACAGCUACGUGAUUCACCAGGAAGAGGCCUACAUGACCCAGGAGGAAGGCUGGGACAGAGACCUACUGCUGGACCCGGCCUGGGAGAAGCAGCAGAGAAAGACGUUCACAGCAUGGUGUAACUCCCACUUGAGGAAGGCUGGUACCCAGAUCGAGAACAUCGAGGAGGACUUCAGGAAUGGCCUGAAGCUCAUGCUUCUGCUGGAGGUCAUCUCUGGUGAGAGGCUGCCCAAACCCGACAAAGGCAAGAUGCGUUUCCACAAGAUCGCCAACGUCAACAAAGCGCUGGACUACAUCUGCAGCAAGGGAGUCAAGCUGGUGUCUAUCGGUGCUGAGGAAAUCGUUGAUGGCAAUGCAAAGAUGACCCUCGGUAUGAUCUGGACAAUCAUCCUGCGUUUCGCCAUCCAGGACAUCUCCGUAGAAGAGACCUCCGCUAAGGAAGGUCUUCUGCUUUGGUGCCAGAGGAAGACUGCCCCCUACAGGAACGUCAACGUGCAGAACUUCCACAUCAGUUGGAAGGACGGCCUAGCUCUGUGCGCCCUCAUCCACAGACACAGACCCGACCUCAUUGAUUACUCCAAACUGAGAAAGGACGACCCCAUCGGCAACCUGAACACCGCCUUCGAGGUGGCGGAGAAGUUCCUGGACAUCCCCAAGAUGCUGGAUGCUGAAGAUAUCGUGAACACCCCCAAGCCCGACGAGAAGGCCAUCAUGACCUACGUGUCCUGCUUCUACCACGCCUUCGCCGGGGCCGAGCAGGCGGAGACUGCUGCCAACCGCAUCUGCAAAGUCCUGGCCGUCAACCAGGAGAACGAGAAGCUGAUGGAGGAGUACGAGAAGCUGGCCAGCGAGCUGCUGGAAUGGAUCCGCCGCACCAUCCCGUGGCUGGAGAACCGCGCAGCCGAGCAGACCAUGCGCGCCAUGCAGCAGAAGCUGGAGGACUUCCGCGACUACCGCCGCGUGCACAAGCCGCCCCGCGUGCAGGAGAAGUGCCAGCUGGAGAUCAACUUCAACACCCUGCAGACCAAGCUGCGACUCAGCAACAGGCCCGCCUUCAUGCCCUCCGAGGGCAAGAUGGUGUCGGACAUCGCCAACGCGUGGAAGGGGCUAGAGCAGGUGGAGAAGGGCUACGAGGAGUGGCUGCUCACCGAGAUCCGCCGGCUGGAGAGACUCGACCACCUGGCCGAGAAGUUCAAGCAGAAGUGCAGCCUGCACGAGACAUGGACCUCAGGCAAGGAGGAGCUGCUGUCCCAGAAGGACUUUGAGUCGGCCUCCCUGAUGGAGAUCCGUGCCCUGAUGAGGAAGCACGAGGCCUUCGAGAGCGACCUGGCCGCCCACCAGGACCGCGUGGAGCAGAUCGCCGCCAUCGCCCAGGAGCUCAAUGAGCUGGACUACCACGAUGCCGUCACAGUCAACGCCCGCUGCCAGGGCAUCUGCGACCAGUGGGACAACCUGGGAACCCUGACCCAGAAGAGGAGAGACUCCCUGGAGCGCGUGGAGAAGCUGUGGGAGACCAUCGACCAGCUGUACCUGGAGUUUGCCAAGAGGGCAGCGCCUUUCAACAACUGGAUGGACGGAGCCAUGGAGGACCUGCAGGACAUGUUCAUCGUCCACAGCAUCGAGGAGAUCCAGAGUCUGAUCACGGCCCACGACCAGUUCAAGGCCACCCUGCCCGAAGCAGAUAAGGAGCGCAUGGCCACCAUGGGCAUCCAGAGUGAGAUCCUGAAGAUCGCCCAGACCUACGGCAUCAAGCUGUCCGGCAUCAACCCCUACACCAACCUCUCCCCCCAGGACAUCAGCAACAAGUGGGACGCUGUGAAGCACCUGGUGCCCCUCAGAGACCAAAUGCUGCAGGAGGAGGUGGCCAGACAGCAGGCCAACGAGAGGCUGAGGCGCCAGUUCGCUGCCCAGGCCAACAUCAUCGGGCCCUGGAUCCAAACCAAGAUGGAGGAGAUCGGCCAUGUGUCGGCUGACAUCACCGGCUCCCUUGAGGACCAGAUGAACAACCUGAAGCAGUACGAGCAGAACAUCAUCAACUACAAGUCCAACAUCGACAAGCUGGAGGGAGACCACCAGCUCAGCCAGGAGUCCCUCAUCUUCGACAACAAGCACACUAACUACACUAUGGAGCACAUCCGCGUGGGCUGGGAGCAGCUGUUGACCACCAUCGCACGGACCAUCAACGAGGUGGAGAACCAGAUCCUGACCCGCGACGCCAAGGGCAUCAGCCAGGAGCAGCUCAACGAGUUCAGGGCCUCCUUCAACCACUUCGACAGGAAGAGGAACGGCAUGAUGGAUCCCGAUGACUUCCGUGCCUGCCUCAUCUCCAUGGGUUACGAUCUGGGUGAGGUUGAAUUUGCCCGCAUCAUGACCCUGGUGGACGCCAACAACACAGGCGUGGUCACCUUCCAGGCCUUCAUCGACUUCAUGACCCGCGAGACGGCCGAGACCGACACCGCAGAACAGGUCAUGGCCUCCUUCAAGAUCCUGGCCUCCGACAAGUCCUACAUUACGGUGGACGAGCUGCGCCGGGAGCUGCCCCUGGAGCAGGCCGAGUACUGCAUCAGCCGCAUGACCCGCUACGUGGGCGCCGACGGUACCACCGGAGCCCUGGACUACAUCUCCUUCUCCAGCGCCCUGUACGGGGAGAGCGACUUGUAAUGAAGAGAGAGAAACGGCAACACGCACCCCCCCCCACCACUCCUUCUUCUCCCUCCUCCCUCCUCUCUCUCCUCCUCUUCCUCCUCUCCGUCUUUUCCCGCUCCUCCUCCUCCUUCUCUACUUUAUCUUCUACCCUCUCUCCUCUCUGACUUCCUCCCCCCUCGCUCCACUCCUUCUCCUCCCCCCCCCAGCCCCCGUCACUCCCGAUAUGUUUGUGCACUCCCCGCCACUCCCGUAAUUACUCCCUGUUUCCCCCCCCCCCCCCCCCUCACCCCACCUCCCCCCCCAUAAACCCCACUUUUACCUGAGACACUCACUGCGCAGACCAGUAGAACGGUAGUAGAGCAGAAGGCUUUGUUCACACACACACACACACACACGCACGCACACACACACCCUCCUAGCUUCUGCUUGGACUGUCCCUUAUCCCUCCUCUCCCCUUUUGGUUUCCGCCUCAUUGCGGCGGUCUUACGAUUUUAAAAGAGAUAACCUGAAACAAUUACACACACACACACAGACAUCGAGACAUGAGGCAGGUUUUGCACUGAACUGAGGUAAAGGUUAAGCAUCGGGGACAUAUAUAUAUGAAUAUUUAAAUCUAUACUUAUGUCUGUUGGAGGUGGGUGGUGUUGUCAAUGAGGGUGUCAUGUUCAGAGAUCAUUUAGAUUUUUUCGAAUGUGUUUUAGAAAGGGAUUUCGAACAGAAUCUCGAACGCGGUUACCGAGCGAAGCCUUCUGCUCUGGCUACCUGUCCUGCUCCCAGAUGACAUAUUUUUUGUAGAAGGGUAAUUAAAGAAAAACGAAUGAAAAAAAAAAAAGAGUUGGUUGGUUGGUUGUUGGUUGUGUAAUUCGUGCAGACGCAUGCAUGCUGUGUGUUCCAGUCUUUAAAUGCUGUCUUUGUGAGUCGACCGACUCGUUCCUUAAAAAGAAAGGUGCUUCACAUAAAACAAACCCGUUUAAAACAGAAGGGGAUACGCCAUUUUUUACCCCAGACACCAUCUCACUUUUGGUCUGGGGGGAGGGGGGCGGCAGAGAGCUUAUUUUAACACUGGCAAAGUUUCGAUGAUGACAAGAGAAACUUAAAAAACUUAAAUUGGAAGGAGGAAUGCAUUAUGGGUAACUUCAGCACUGAGGCAGGAAUUGAAUGCCUGGAUGGGGGCGGGGGGGGGAUUGGGGGCCGUAAGAUCGACAAAGACACGAUCGGACGGAAAAUAACCCUUUUUUCUCCCCAAAAUUCUCUCUGCAAAAAUGUGGGCGAGAGGCAGAGAGAGAGAGAGAGAGAGAGAGAGAGAGAGACGUGUCGAGGGGCACCAGGAAAGUUCAAGAAUAGAUUAAGAGAAGGGAUUAUUUCGAGACCAAAGCCAAAGACUAUGUCAGCCAGGAAAAAUGUUAGGGGUUUGGUCCCGCUUAAGGAAAGGGGGCAGGUCAAAAGGCCCUUAAAUGUCCAAUGACAUGCCACCAGGUGUGAGUGUGAUUAGCAAUUAAAUGCCAUUUUGUGAUGUCAUAAGAGACAGAUUUUCAAAACGGCUUGUAACAGCCAAUCAGACUCACACCUGGUGGCAUGCCAUAGGACCUUUAACACAGUGUCAUAAAACAGGUGUGACUCAUAAUUAAUCAACCUCUGUGUAAAGGGUCUAAAGACAGUGGACCCUAAUAUUAAUAAUAGCGCAAGUAGUGUGUGAUGAUGACUACUCUUCCUCUUCUUCACCCCCCCCCCCCCCCCCAAGUCAUUUAUGUCCGAAAACAUGUCCACUUUAUGGACAAAAGAAGGUGAAUGCAUUUCAAAGUUUAAAAAGGAAAAACGAAACGCACUUUGGAAUAAAAACAAAAGGAAUAUUAUAUGACUACA